AUGAGACAAGUCGUCCUUCUGCUUAACCAGUAGGCUAAACGGGAUAUCACGACUAGAUCACGGGAAAUAUACCAAUGCAACACAAACAGUAACUUUUGAGUCAUGUCAUAAGGUGGAUUUUUCUAGAUGUCAGGAUGCUCUUCAUUUGAGGGACACAGAGGCUGCGACGAUUGAGUACUUCUCUCCGUGUCUGUUAACUGGCUAAAAUUAUGUUCCCACAUAUUUUGUGCGCGAUAUUUUUCAGCACCAUGUACACCGCAUCAUCUCUGGAGCUGCAGCCUGGCAUGCCAAAUGUUUGUGCUGACCAGGAGAUGUCCAUGCUGGGAGGCCGUCAGCCUUGUGUCCAGGCUUUUACCCGCAUGGUAAAGGUGUGGAAACAGGGCUGCAACAGAGGCAGUUGGUGUAUGGGCUACGAGAGAAGGACAGCAUACUACACAAUGUACCGGCAGGUGUACAACAUGAAUUUGCACACAGUCUACAAGUGCUGCCCUGGCUGGACUCAAAAGGGUGAAGAGAUGGGCUGUCUGCAUAGGGUUUGUGGUGCCAAUACAUGUUUCAAUGGAGGCCAAUGUGCAGAGACCGGAGACCAGAUAUGUCACUGUCCACUGGGCUUCAAAGGGAUGCGGUGCCAGUAUGAUGUUAAUGAAUGUGAAGUGGAUGAAGGCGGCUGUGAGGGGUACUGUUGCAACACUAUUGGCAGCUACUACUGCAAGUGUCCUGAGGGCAGUAGACUGGGGCCAGAUGGCAAGGCAUGUCACGAUGUCAACGAGUGUGAUGAACUCAAUGGAGGAUGCCAGCAAACGUGUGCCAACACACCGGGCUCUUAUCACUGUGAGUGCAGCGAAGGCUUCCGCAUGCACGCUGAUGGUCGGACAUGUAUUGCUGUGAACUCUUGCUCUGUAUUGAAUGGUGGAUGUGAGCAUAAGUGUGUGGACAUGGGGAACAAUCACUACAAAUGCGAAUGUCGAAAGAACUACCAGCUGAAGAGAGAUGGGAGACACUGUGAAUUGAGAGACCCCUGUGAGGAGAGGAAUGGAGGCUGCGCCCAGCUGUGUCUUUCAGAAGGCAGCCGGGUUCACUGCAGCUGCAGACCUGGUUUCACAUUGGCUGGAGAUGGCAGGAACUGUGAAGACAUUGAUGAGUGCAGUUCAGGCCAUGCCAAGUGUUCCCACGGAUGUGUCAACAUGCUCGGCUCCUUCAGCUGUGUGUGUCACCCAGGCUUUGAACUUGGUGCCGAUGGCAAACAGUGCUACCGCAUUGAGAUGGAGAUUGUCAACAGCUGUGAGAAGAACAACGGAGGUUGCUCUCAUCACUGUGAACACACCACCAACGGCCCGCUCUGCUCCUGCAACCACGGCUACCGGCUGGACCAGGACAGGAAGACAUGUGUGGAUAGUGAUGAGUGUGACAGCGGGGAGUCCUGCUGCAGUCACUUCUGUAGAAACUACCCGGGAGGCUACGAGUGCAGCUGUAGAGCUGGCCACAGACUCAACCCAGACGGCUGUGGCUGCGAUGACAUUGAUGAGUGCCUAACAGAGACCUCAGGUUGUGAACACUACUGUGUCAACACUCUUGGAACAUAUGAGUGUUUUUGUCGACAGGGCUUCCGCUUGGAUCAGGACCAGCACUCCUGCAUUUCUCUGUAUGGCAGAGACCUGGAUGAGGAAGAGGAAGAGGAGGAAGAGGAGGAUGAGCAGCUGGAAGUCCACAGAUUACCGGACCUGCUGUUCCGCAAGGCCCCCCAGCUCCUGCAGUACACAGCAGCCUUGCACUCCCGUUAUGCCACAGUUGAUGAUUAUGAUGAUGAUGAUGGUAGUGAUGGUGGUGACAGAGAAGAAGAAUUAGAUAUCCAGAGGGAGCGUCGAGGAGAGCUCAGACUGGAAAGCAACAUAGUGUGUCUAGAUGGCGCGUUCGGGGACGACUGCAGUGUGAGCUGUGAAGACUGUGUGAAUGGAGUGUGUAGUGAAAACAGAGACCGGUGUGAAUGUUCACCUGGAUGGACUGGGAUCAUCUGCAAUGGGACUUGUCCACAAGGGACCUAUGGGCAGGCCUGUAACAGCUUGUGUCGUUGUCAGAAUGGAGGCUCGUGUGACCCUGUGACUGGGAAGUGUUUGUGCCCGCCUGGGGUACAGGGCCUGCUCUGCGAGGAUGGUUGUCCAAGGGGUCAUUUUGGGAUGUACUGCAGAAGAAAGUGCAACUGUCCCAACAAUGGACAUUGCCAUCGUUUGUAUGGAGACUGCCUGUGCUCUCCAGGACUAUUUGGCCGCUUCUGCCACUUGCCUUGUCCCAGGUGGACGCACGGCGCAGGCUGUUCCAAGAAAUGUGACUGUGUUGAAGAACAUUCCACUGGCUGUGACCCCAAAACAGGGAGCUGUUUCUGUAAGGCCGCAUACCACGGCCCACAGUGUGAGAAAGAAUGUGAGCCCGGCUUCUUUGGUGCAGGCUGUGAACAGCCAUGUGACUGUCCAGGUGGAGGGUCGUGUGACCCCAGGACUGGAGAGUGCAGCCAGCGAUGUCCUGCAGGCCUUCAUGGAGAUAAAUGUCAGCUGGCCUGCCAGUCAUGGCGCUAUGGCGAGAACUGUCAUCUGACCUGUGACUGUGGAGGAGCUCCUUGUGAUCCCAUAACUGGACGGUGUAUCUGUCCUGCUGGAAAGACUGGAGUCUCGUGUCACGAAGAAUGCCCUGAUGGAUUCUGGGGAUUGAAGUGCCAGUCACCUUGUCCUAACUGUGAGAACAGAGGCUCCUGCGACAAACAGACUGGUGUGUGUGACUGUAAACCAGGCUUCAUGGGGAACCUCUGCCAAAAUAAGUGUCCCCCAGGUUUCCAUGGACGAGGGUGUUUAAUGCGCUGCUCAUGUCAUCCUGAUGCUACAUGUGACCCACAGACUGGACUCUGCGUCUGCCCUCCUGGCAAAACAGGCCAUGACUGUUCGACAUCAUGUGAAUCUGGUUACUGGGGCCAGGGGUGUCUCAGUAAAUGCCAGUGCAAAGAGAUUUCUCUGGGCUGUGACCCAGUCACCGGUCAGUGUGCGUGCGAGGCCGGCUUCGCUGGAGAACAGUGUGAAAAGAAGUGUGCGAAUGGCAGUUACGGGCAGGGAUGUGCCCAGCAGUGCCAGUGUCAGAACGGAGCCCUCUGCGACCACGUGAGCGGAGCCUGCACAUGUUCACCUGGAUAUGCUGGCACUUACUGUGAAAAAAUGUGCCCGGACGGCUUUUACGGUCUUGACUGUGGCCAGAUGUGCGAGUGCAGGAACGGUGCCCGCUGCUACCACAUCACAGGAGCCUGCCUAUGCACCGCCGGCUGGGCAGGACCACACUGCAUUCUGGAAUGCCCGGAGGGUCAUUAUGGGGAGCAGUGCAGUCAGACCUGUGAGUGUCAGAACGGAGCCAGGUGUGACCACGUCACCGGGCAAUGCAGCUGCACGGCCGGGUGGACCGGAGUCAGCUGCCAACUGCCCUGUCCUGUAGGACAGUAUGGGGAACACUGUUCUGGCCAGUGUCUGUGUCAAAACGGAGGCUCUUGUGAUAGCAAGACCGGCCAGUGCUCCUGUCCGCCUGGCUGGACAGGAGCUGCCUGUGAGUUAGAGUGUGAGGAAGGACGUUACGGAGAGAACUGCACCCAGGCCUGCAGCUGUACGAAUGGAGGGAGAUGUGACAGAGUCAAGGGAAGAUGUGUGUGUCUGCCUGGUUGGACAGGAGAGCUCUGUCAGUCAGCCUGUUCUAAGGGAUUCUUUGGAGAGGGCUGUGAGCAGAGUUGUGACUGCGUCCAUAGUGCGAGUUGCCACCAUGUGACAGGCCACUGUGAGUGUGAGCCAGGCUGGAGGGGAGCCAGGUGUGACAAACCAUGCCUUCCGGGGUCCUACGGUGCUUCCUGUGCCCAACGGUGUCAGUGCCAGGCCGGGGUGUCGUGUCACCAUGAGACGGGGAGGUGCGGGUGCCCAGCUGGACUCACAGGACCUGGCUGUGAGAAACCCUGUCCUGCUGGCAUGUUUGGGCAAAACUGCAGCCAACUGUGCCAAUGUUCAGGAGACCAAGAGCAGUGCCACCCCGUGACAGGGAAAUGCAGCUGCUUACCUGGUUACUACGGAGCACGCUGUGAACUACGAUGCCGAGCAGGGACUUUUGGGCCAAACUGUAAGUCCAGAUGCAGCUGCAUCAAUGGUGGUCGCUGUGAUUUCAGGACUGGGACUUGCUACUGUCCUCCUGGCUUCAUUGGAGCUGACUGCAGUUCAAGGUGUUUGAGUGGCUACUAUGGGAAGGACUGUGCUAAGCUGUGCUCCUGUGGAGAAGGAGGACAGUGCCACCCAGCAACUGGGAAGUGUAUCUGUGCCCCUGGUAGGAUGGGACAGUCCUGCCAGCAAGCAUGUCCUAGGGGGCGCUACGGCCUGCAGUGCAGAAACACAUGCGGCUGUCAGAACGGGGGUUUGUGUGAUCCUGUCGACGGGUCAUGCAAGUGUGGACUGGGCUGGGCUGGACCCCGCUGUGAUACAGCCUGCUCACAGGGAAAAUAUGGUGUCGAUUGUGCACAAGACUGUCCAUGCCUCAACAAUGGGACCUGCGAUCGUUUUACUGGCACCUGCAGCUGCACUGCUGGAUACUAUGGCCACUCCUGUCAACACAGGUGUCCAUCGGGGUUCUUUGGAGUGAACUGUGCCCAUACGUGUGACUGUAAAGUGGGGCAGACAUGUGAUCACGUGACAGGCCAAUGUGUGUGUCCACCAGGCUACCAUGGCCCACAAUGCCAAAGACGGUGUGAGGCUGGCAGGUUUGGAUUGAGCUGUGGACAGUCAUGUGACUGUGCUGGUGAGGCCCCAUGUGACCCAUCGAGUGGACGGUGUCUCUGUCCCUCAGGAAGAAUAGGGCAGAGGUGUGAAAGAGAGUGUGGUGGAGACCGGUUCGGCCCUGGGUGCUCCCUGCCAUGCCAGUGUUCCCAUAGGGCCCGCUGUGAUGGGCUGAGUGGGCGAUGCCUGUGCCCACUCACCUGGCUGGGCCCCACCUGUAGUGAAGCGGUGCUAUACCAAACCCUGGGACCGCUGAACUUUUCUGUGUCCCAAAGAAAGAGAAGAGCGGGCAGCAAAACCACAUAACCCAAGCAGAGGUGCAAACUCCUGACUGGACGUUCAAACACAGAGUUUGGCUCCAUGAGGCAUUACUCAGAUCAUCUCUCUGUAAAGGUGAUGUUAAUAAUGCUGUGUUUUUCUGAAACUGGUUCUCGGCUGUCAAAAACUGGCUCUCCAUCACUGAGCCUGGAGCUCGCGAUAAUCACCCAGUGGACCUGGCAUGUGAGGGGCCCUCAAAGGACCAUAAACUAUAAACCUACCCCAGAAAUUUCCAGGGUUACACAGACGUUUUAGCAAUACACAGGAAUACCUGCAUCAUAUUUGUGAAUAUUGCUGAUUGAAAGCGGUUAAUUUGCUUUCCAGUAUGACAUAUAAUGAGCUGUUAAGAGUUCGGUUUCUUUCUUAAGGGCAUUUGGACAAGACAUGUGACUGAAUCAGAGUCACUGGAGGGCCUUUAUAACCACUACCAUCAUUUAUUUUUUUCUGUGUCCACAAAAAAAGAUGAUGGUCAGCAUGAUAGAAUUCUAAGCAUAUUUCUGGUGAAAAUGACCAAUGUCACUAAAACAGAUUUAGAAAUAUGUAGAAACAAUUAAUUUUGAAAAAUAAAACACAGAGUUCCACAGAACUGCAGGCAGAGCUACGAAAAUAUGAUCCAAUCAGAUCCAAACAUGUUGUAGGAUAAUAAAAACAUCCAGAUAUAUUUUAAGAUAAAUAAGAAUGCUCUGCUUUUUUUCCCAAAGAAAUUACAGUUAGUUAACUGGAAAGCAGCAUCUUCCUACAGAAAUCCAGAAUCUGUAAACAAAGAUGCUUCAUUUUGAAACUGCUAGACACAAGAUGUCUUCUUCUUCACUGGAAGGUGUGUGCAUGUUUCAAGUUUUGACUUCACACUUGGACCUCGAUUGGCUUUCAAAGUAGUUAUGAUGUCCCAAAAUAUGUCUUGUACUUACACGUCUUAAACUCAGAUUUAGGUCCAGCACGGAGAAACUUUAUCGUCAGCGAAUGGAUGUGAAAACAGCUUUCAGCACAGCGAAGGUGAACGACCAAAACACGUUUCUGAGUGGAGGGGGACAAAAUCAAUUCAUCAAAACGAAACGCUGAAAUGACAAAUCUUAUUACUUACAUAUUUCAUGUGUGUGUGCUCAUAUAAUUUGGUGAUAACAUUUUAAUUAAAUGAAUUAAUUUCACACUUUUUCCUUAAAAAUGCAUUUCACAUCAUUGUUUUGUUGGUUCAGAGAUCAUCAUAAAAAUGGCCUGAUAAUCACUUUAACUUAUUUUAUUUUCCAUACACGUACCUAUUAAAAGUCUAUAAAGACAUCGUCUAUCAUUAAGUUAUUUCAACAUGGCUCGUAGAAUCUGAAUAUGACCUGAAGGAGCUUCAUUUACCAGCGCUAAGAACACUCUCCUUUCACUGACAUUGAUCAUGGGCUUUCUUUCAGUGUGUUGGUGGUGUAGUACUGCAGGCAAAUCUUGCACGCGUUGCACUUCUUUCAGAUCUGUGUGUAUUGAGUCAGCAGCUGAUGCAGAGUUUGAGAGGCUUGUAGAAAAAAAUGAUAAAAAUUGAUGUUAAUACUUUUUUCUGCAGCACCUGUACACAUUUCUGUGGUUGUACAAUAGUAGAUUACAAGUCCCAUAUCACUACUGCUUUUAUUUACCAUACCUGUGCAUUUGAUUUAAAUGAGGGUGUUUUUUUGUUUGUUUUUUUCCUUAAAACUGUAUUUGUAUUAUAUCUCAGGUCAGUGCCAGUUAUAUCAGUCAUAACCUACUGUGCUCAUUUCCUGGCGUUCCUAUGUCAGUGGUGCUACAUUGAGACAUUUUGUUUGUAUAAAAUUGAUAAACUCAGUUUUUACUGUCAUCUCUCCCGCUGUCUUUUCAUUUCGUGCGGUUGUGUUUUUGACUAAUGCAACCACACAUGAUGUGAGAAAAAGAGCCACGAAGCAAAUAAAUA